AUGUCUGCCUACCUAAACGAACCAAUCGCCAUCGUUGGUGCCGGAUGCCGAUUCUCUGGGGAAUCGAAUCGGCCGUCCAAGCUGUGGGAGCUUCUGCGCAGCCCGCGCCCCGUGGCGACCCCAAUUCCCAAGGAUCGCUUCAACCUCGAGGCUUUCUAUCACCCCGAGGGAGCACAUCAUGGCAGCACCAACGUGCUGGAGUCCUACUUUCUCUCCGACCAAAACAUCAAGCACUUCGACGCACCCUUCUUCAACACAAAUCCGACCGAGGCGGAUCCGAUGGAUCCGCAGCAUCGCCAGCUGCUAGAGGUGGUGUACGAGGGGAUCGAGGACGCGGGCCUCACGAUAGAGGAGCUGCAAGGCUCUGACACGGCCGUGUACGUUGGCUCCAUGUGCAACGACUACUCGGCCAUAUCCAGCAGGGAUUUCGACUACAUCCCGACCUACGGCGCGACGGGCGUGGCUGCCAGCAACGCCUCGAGCCGCGUGUCAUACUUCUUUGACUGGCACGGCGCGUGCAUGACCAUUGACACAGCCUGCUCGUCCAGCCUAAUCGCUAUGCACCAGGCGGUCCAGGUGCUUCGGUUGGGCCACUCCAAGGUCGCCAUCGCGGCCGGCACCAGCCUGAUCCUGGACCCGCUGCCCUAUGUAUCAGAGAGCAACCUGAAUAUGCUGUCGCCCACGGGGCGGUCACGCAUGUGGGACGCCGACGCCGACGGCUACGCGCGCGGCGACGGCGUCGCGGCCGUUGUGCUGAAGACGCUAAGCCAAGCCCUGGCUGAUGGCGACCACGUCGAGUGUAUCAUCCGCGAGACGGGUGCUAACCAGGACGGGCGCACCAAGGGUAUCACGAUGCCGAGUGGCGUUGCGCAGACGGCUAUGAUCCGGGACACGUACGCCCGCGCCGGCCUCGACCCCCUGAAUCCGUUGGAGCGCUGCCAGUACUUCGAGGCGCACGGCACGGGCACGCCGGCCGGCGAUCCUCAAGAGGCGUCGGCGCUCGACACGUCUUUCUUCGACUCGACCGACCGGAGCGACACACUGUAUGUCGGCUCGGUAAAGACGGUCAUCGGCCACACCGAGGGCACCGCGGGCCUGGCCGGAGUCCUGAAAGCGUACCUGGCCAUUAAGAACAAGACGCUGCCGCCCAACCUGCUUUUUAACAAUCUCAGCGAUGCUGUCCGGCCCUUUUAUCGGCACUUGCAAAUCCUGAACAAGGCCCAGCCCUGGCCGGAGCUGCCGGAGGGCGUCCCCCGCCGUGCCUCAGUGAAUAGCUUUGGCUUCGGCGGGAGCAAUGCCCACGCUAUCCUCGAGAGCUACGAGCCUAGCAAACCGUCCUCCGGCCAACCCAAGAAGAGCGGAGACUCGUUGUCCCUCGUUCCGUUCGUCUUCUCCGCUAACUCAGAGAGCUCCCUCAAAGCGCGCCUAGGUUCGAUGGUGGACUUUCUUAAGUCAAACCAUAUGCUCGCUCUCGACGACUUGCGAUACACCCUCACGCAAAGACGAUCGGCCCUUGCCUCCAAGGCGUUCUUCUCCGCCUCAAGCGUCGGAUCGCUGAUCUCGGGCAUCGAAUCCGCGCUCAAGGAGGCCGGCGAGAAGAACGUAUCUGUCGGCGUGCAGUCUGCCACUACCCCGGCCACUAUUCUCGGCGUCUUCACCGGCCAGGGUGCCCAGUGGCCCCAGAUGGGCCUCAAGCUUAUUGAAGCCUACGCCUCUGCACGACAGACGCUCAAUGCUCUUGACGCGUCGCUCGCGUCGCUGCCGCCAGCCGACCGGCCUGCCUGGACGCUCCUGGAUGAGCUGUCGGCAGCCGGGACCGCGAGCCGGCUGGGUGAGGCGGCGAUCUCGCAGCCGCUUUGCACGGCGGUGCAGAUCGUGCUAGUGGACCUGCUGCGGGCCGCGGGCGUGUCGUUCCGGGCCGUGGUGGGUCACUCGUCGGGCGAGAUUGCAGCGGCGUACACAGCAGGAUUCCUAAGCGCCAGUGACGCCAUCCGCGUGGCGUACUACCGCGGCAUACACGCGCGUGCGGCGUCUGGUGUGGGUGGGAAGAAGGGCGCGAUGAUGGCAGUCGGGACGUCGCUAGAGGACGCGCGCGAGCUGGUCGACCUCGAGGACUUCGAGAAUCGGCUUGCGGUCGCGGCCAGCAACUCAUCGUCGAGCGUGACGCUGUCGGGCGACGCUGACGCCAUCGACGAGGCCCAGGCCGCGCUUGACAGCGAGAACAAGUUCGCCCGGAAGCUCAAGGUCGACACCGCCUAUCACUCGCAUCACAUGCGGCCCUGCGCUGAGCCGUACCUCACCUCACUACGUGCUUGCAACAUCCAGGUGCUCCAGCCUGCCGAAAAUGACCCAGUCUGGUUCUCCAGCGUGCGGGACGGCGCGCGCAUUGUGGCCGACGAUGUGUCUCUCCGGGACAGCUACUGGGUCGAGAACAUGGCCAACACGGUGCUUUUCUCACAGGCGCUGACGCAAGCCACCGAGACCUUUGGCUCUUUCGCCCUCGGCCUCGAGGUAGGCCCCCAUCCCGCCCUCAAGGGCCCCGCGACCCAGACGUACCAGGAGACGACCAACAAAGAGGUGCCGUACGUGGGCGUGCUAUCCCGCGGCAAGGACGACGUCGAUGCCGUCGCGUCCGCCCUCGGUGCCAUCUGGCGACACCUUGGCGUCACAGGCAUCAACUGGAAGGCGUUGCAGCAGACGUACUGCGGCACGACGCCCGCAUCUCUCGCGAUGAUCAAAGACCUGCCCCUCUACGACUGGGACCACACACGCACGUACUGGUCUGAGUCGCGGUACGGGCGCCAGUUCCGCACCGGCGACGCCAACGUGCAUUCGCUGCUAGGGAAGCGCCUCCCCGACGGCACCGCCGAGGAGAUGCGCUGGAAGAAUAUUCUUAAGCCGCGCGAGAUCCCCUGGCUGGCGGGUCACGCGCUCCAGGGGCAGGUCGUAUUCCCGGGCACGGGGUACAUCGCGCUAGCCAUGGAGGCGGCCAUGGAGCUCGCGGCCGGUCGUGCCGUGCAGUCGAUCGAGCUAUGCGAUCUCGUCAUCUCCAAGGCCAUCGCCAUCGAUGAAUCGGUCGGCACCGAGGUCGUGGUUAGCAUGACGCAGGUGGUCGACGACGGCGAGGGGGCCGAUCUCAUCACCGCCAACUUCACUUCCUUUUCCCUCGUCAGCCGCGAGUCAUCGGAUCUCGCUGUCAAUGCGUCGGGCCAGGUGCGCGUGAAUCUGGGUCCCGAGAAUCCUGCUGUGCUCGCCACGCGCGACGCGUACAUGGGUGACAUGGCCACCGUCGACAUCGACCACUUCUACGGCGCCAUGAGCGAGCUGGGCUACGGCUACACCGGCCCCUUCAAGGGCCUCUCAUCGCUGCGGCGUCACCUAGGCUACGCCUCGGGCACCAUCGCUCGCCCAGCCGACGACGAUGCGGCUCGCCCUCUGCUCUUCCACCCGGGCAUGCUCGAUACGUCGCUGCAGACGCUCUUCGCCGCCUUCAGCGCCCCCGGCGACGCCCGCCUCUGGGCCAUGCACGUCCCGACUGGCAUCCAUCGCGUUACCCUUGUGCCGUCGCUGUGCGGCGCCAACCUCUCCGAGGAGGUCGUCUUCGAUAGCAUGAUCACGGCAUCGCGCCCAAACCAUAUCACAGGCGACGUGGACCUGAUCGGCGCCGACGGAGUGCACAAGUGCAUCGAGAUAGACGGCCUCGGUUUCGUGCCAUUCACCCCCGCGACCGCGGCCGAUGACCGCGGCCUUUUCAGCCGCGUGACCUGGGGCUUCGACCGCCCUGAUGGCGUGCGCGCCGCCGAGGGCCGCCGAGCCACGGCCUGGGAGAAGCAGAAGGCCGCUGAUUGUGAGCGCGCCGCCUUCUUCUGGCUGAGGAGCCUGAACUGCGAGAUCGGGGUGGCGGAACGGCCUGCGCUGCCCGUCCACCACCGCGCACUGCUCGACUUCGCCGAGCAUAUGGAGGAGGUGGUGCGGGCGGGCAAGCAUCCACAUGGGACGCUGGAGUGGUUCGACGACACGCGCGAGCGGAUCUUGCCCAUCGUGGAGUCGUACGGGCACGACGCGGACCUAAACAUCAUGCGUGCAGUGGGCGAGAACAUUGUAAGCGUCAUGCGCGGUGAAAUCACUAUUCUCGAGGUCAUGACCAAGGAUGGCUACCUCGACGACUACUACGAGAAUGCCAUGGGCCUGCACACGGCAAACCGCAACAUCUCCAACCUGAUGGCCCAGAUCGCGUACCGUCACCCACACUGCGACAUCCUCGAAAUUGGCGCUGGCACCGGCGGCGCCACUCGUAACAUCUUCGACAAACUUGGCCGCGCGUUUCGGAGCUACACUUACACUGACAUCUCCACGGGCUUCUUCGGCAAGGCGCGCGAGGAGUUCCGUGCCUACGCCGACCGCAUGGUGUUCAGCACGCUAGACAUCACCAAGGACCCAACAACCCAGGGCUACAAAGAGGCAUCAUACGACGUGGUAGUCGCGUCUAACGUGCUUCACGCGACGGCGCCACUGGUCGAGACGCUCAAGAACGCGCGCCGCCUCCUCAAGCCGGGCGGCUACCUCGUAGUGCUGGAGAUCGUCAUGCAGGAUGCCAUGGCCGAGGGACUGACGAUGGGCGGCCUGCCCGGCUGGUGGGUCGGCGUCGACGACGGCCGUCGCUUCGCCCCGACCAUCCCACUGAAGCAGUGGAACACAGUGCUCAAGAAAGCCGGCUUCGCUGGGAUCGAGACGCACACCCCGCUGCUCGACCCGGGAACCUUCAUCGUGUCCAUCUUCGCGGCGCAGGCCGUCGACGAGGAUGUCCAGCUGCUGCGCCGGCCCCUAAUUAGCCGUCCCGAUCAGAUUCCCAUCAAGGACCUCAUCCUGCUCGGGGGCGAGACGAUCGAGACAUCGAACCUGAUGGAGGACCUAGAAAGCCUGCUCGAGCCGCGCACUGAGAACUUGACCCUGGUGUCAACUAUCGACGAGCUGGAAACGACGCCCAUCCCAACCGGCGCCACCAUUGUCAGUCUGGCCGAUGUCGACUCGCCCAUCUUCAAGGAUAUCACCGAGACGCGCUGGAACUUAUUCAAAAACCUGCUCUCCGACUCCCGCUGCGUGCUGUGGGUGACUAGCGGUGCGGAAAGGGAGCAGCCCUACGCGGCGGCCAUGGUCGGCCUGCACCGCUCGAUCCCAAUCGAGCUCAUGCAAAUGCGCCUCCAGAUGCUUGAGGUGCCCGUUCUGAAGGACCUGUCCGCGUCCAUGAUAGCGGAGGCGGUCCUGCGCUUACAGUUGUUCACCAUAUGGCAGAAUUCACCCGUGCCUAAGGACCUGCUCUGGACAUCGGAACCGGAGCUCAAGUUCGAGCACGGAGAGAUGAAGAUUCAACGCCUCCUGCCCGACCAGGAGGCCAACAGCCGGUAUAACUCGGCCAAACGGAUGCUCACCAACAACGUCGAUCCCACGGUAUCCGUGGUUCAGCUAGAGUGGAUUGACAUCGAGUCACGAUACUCCCUCCACGAUGCCGGAAAGCCUAUUGCCGCCUCUGAAGACAGCGUGACAGUCAACGUGGGCCAUUCCCUCCUCCCAGUGAUCCGAACGAGUGCCGAGUUGGUCAACGUCGCUCUGGGAACGAACGCAAAGUCGGGCGAGAAAGUUCUCGUGCUCAGCGGCGAGAACUCUUCGAUCCUCACCGUGCCGAGAUCCUGCACCAUUGCGGCGGACCUGGGACCCUACACCGAAGGGCAAUACAUGACCAUCGUGGCAGCGUACCUCUAUAGCUCGCAGAUCUGGGCCCGCAUGCACUCCGGCAGCACCCUCCUCUUGCAUGAGCCCUCGCCCAUAAUCGCCCGCUUGCUCCAGCUCCUAUGCGAAGGCACCAAGUCCCGUGCCUUUUUCUCCACUACCGACGAGUCCCGGCGGGAAGAGGGCGGUUGGAUCUACCUCCACCCGCGCAUCGCUCGUCGUGCGCUGGAGCGAUCGCUGCCGAAAGACGUGGAUCUCUUCUUAGACUUGUCGGAUGCGCAGGGCACGAGCGCGCUCGGCCAUCGCAUCGCCGAGACCAAGUCCCAACGCUGCGAAUGCGGCGACAAGACCGACCUGCUAUCCAAGGAGUCGCUUCCCUUGAGAGAGGACAGCCUCGAAAAGGUCGCCCAGCUGCUCCAGAAGGUGCAGGACUUCGUCCCAACGAAAGCUGCUGAGACCCUGGGGACUGUGUCCAUAGAGCCACACGCGCUGAGCAGCGUAGUCGCCGCUGGUGACAAGUGUGACCUCUUCACCGUCAUCGACUGGCACCAGGAGGCGAUCGCUGCGUGCGUGAUCGAGCCCAUUGACUCACGCCGCAACAUCUUCCAGGACGGCAAGACGUACUGGAUGGUGGGUUUGGCCGGUGAUCUGGGACAGUCUCUUGUCGAUUGGAUGAUCGACCACGGUGCAAGACACGUAGUGCUGACCAGCCGCGCGCCAAAGGUGUCCCCAGACUGGAUCGCAACGUGCGCGGCCAAAGGCGCGACAGUCGGCUGCGUCGCUGGCGACGUGACCGAUUUCGACUCGAUUUGCGCGUGUCGCGACGAGAUCGUGGCUAACUACCCCCCAUUGCGGGCGUGGCCAAUGGAGCCCUCGUCCUGCGCGACAAGCUUCACCGGAAUUACGCACCUAGACCGGCUGUUCCCGGACGACACGCUGGAUUGGUUCAUUGGCUUUAGCUCUAUCGUGGCGACGUCGGGCAACUCAGGCCAGAGCAUAUACUCGGCGGCCAAUGUCUUCAUGAAGGCCAUAGUUGAGCAGCGGCGGGCGCGCGGCCUGGCUGGCUCUACCAUCGAUAUCUCCCGCGUUCACGGCGCUGGCUACGUCGAACGCGAGAUGCAGAAGUCCGGGUCGCUCAGCGAAAAAGACAUCAACAAGAUCUUCCGUGUCUCGCUUGCCAUGUCUGAGUCCGACCUACACCAGCUGGUGGCUGAGGCGAUCAUGGCCGGCCGUCCGAAUUCGGGACGUGCGUCGGAGCUCAUCACUGGCCUCCGCGUCCUGCCGUCGGACGAGACGAGCGACGUGUUCUGGGCCAACAACAUCAAAUUCUCGCACUACAUUCGCGACGCCGCAGAGACGGGUGACGAGAAGCAAGGCAAGGCUGCGCGUGUCGCCGUCAAGUCGCAGCUACAAUCCGCCAAGACCGUCGAAGAUGUCACCACUAUCGUCAAGGCCGCCUUCAUCUCCAAGUUGACGUUCGCUUUGGAGCACUCCGAGGACGAGGCCUUGUCCGACAGCACGCCCCUCAUCGACUUUGGCAUGGACUCUCUCGUCGCCGUUGAGAUUCGCAGCUGGUUUCUCCAAGAACUCGGCGUCGACAUGCCGGUGCUCAAGAUCUUGGGCGGCGCGUCAGUGGCUGAGCUUGUGGACGAUGCCGUAGAGAAGCUGCCAGAGGAGUUCAUGUCGAAAUUCGAAUCCACGCCCAAAGAUGUCACCAAGGACUCCGCGGAGAGCCCGCAGACGCUUUCCAGCAAAUCGUCUUCGAAUCUCUCGAUGACGGAUUCGACCUCGCCAAGUGUCGCCCCCGAAACUCCGCCAACUGCAAUGGAUGAUAAGGAAGAAUUUAUUGAGAUCGAGAAACUUGAGGAGAUCAAGCCUAAGUUCGUCCCGGAAGUCGUCCGUAAGGAGCCCAUGUCGUACGGCCAAGCGCGCUUCUGGUUCCUCCGCCAGUACUCUGACGACCCGACUACCUCCAACAUCACCUUUUUCUUUCGCAUGAACGGGCGUUUCGACCCGGAGCGCCUCAGUAAGACUCUUUCUCUCAUCACCAACCGGCACGAGUCACUUCGGUCCUGCUUCUUCGCAGAGAAUGAAAUCGCCUACCAGGGCAUCAUGGCCAAGUCCGCUUUCGAGAUGAACCACCUCCCCGCCACCGGGGAAGAAAGUGCGAGAGCCGUGUACGAGGGCAUGCAGAACCAUGUCUACGACAUUGAGAACGGAGACGUGUUCCGUGCCACGCUCUGCCAGGUCUCGGAAGAUGCAUUCUACUUCGUCAUCGGAUACCAUCACAUCGCUCUCGACGGUGUCAGCUGGGAGAUCAUCUUCGGCGAGCUGCAACGUGGAUACCAGUCGGCUUUGCCACCAGUGCCACAACAAUACCCAGCGUGGGCCGCGAAGCAGCGAAAGGAGGUGGAAUCGGGCAAGAUGAGCAGUGAGCGCAGGUUCUGGAAGACUCAGCUCGCAGACGUGCCUGUGCUGCCACUGUUGCCUACUGCGCGUGUUACGUCCCGUCAGCCGCUGAAAACGUACAGCAUGUGUCGCGUGCAGCAGAAGCUCGAUCAACAGUUGACUUCGCUGACAAAGGACUUGUGCAAAAAAGAGAAAGUGUCGCCAUUCCAUUUCCAUAUGGCGGUGUACAAGACCCUCUUGAGCCGCUGGACCGGUGCGAACGACAUCUGCAUCGGCAUGGCGGAUGCCAAUCGCAUGGACCCCGGAGACGCGGGUGUCGUGGGCUUCCUGCUCAAUCUUUUGCCUCUGCGUUUCAAGUCCGACGGCCAGCAAACUUUCAGCGCGAUGAUGAAGGAAGCCCGCACCAAAGUCUUUGGCGGCCUUGCCCAUUCCAAGGUGCCUUUCAACGUCAUUCUCGAGGAUGUCAAUGUGCCGCGAACAUCGACUCACAACCCGCUCUUUCAAGCCUUUAUCGAGUAUCGUGCUACCAACAAACUGACCUCGGAAGCGUUUAAACACGACCAACCUGCCAACAGCACAUCGUACAGCAAGACGCCGUAUGAUAUCACGAUGAAUGUGCUGGAAGACCACCUUGGCGAUGUUAUUGUGAGUUUUGGCGUUCAAGGAGCGCUUUACUCGGAAGAGACUGCAGCGUUGUUGCUCCGAAGCUAUAUCACGUUGUCGAAAACGCUGGCCGCGAAUGCUGGAAUGGUCACGUCAAAAGCACAGAUUUUCUCAGACGAAGAGGUUUCCAGAGCUGUGGCUCUCGGAAAGGGUCCGUCAUUGGAGCAAAGCUGGCCAAAGACCUUGCUCCAUCGAGUCGACGAGAUGAUCCAGACUUAUGAAAACGACACUGCUGUCUGUGAUACUCGCGGCAAUUCGUUGACGUACAAGCAGUUGGCCAACAAGAUCAACGCCAUCGAAUGUACGCUGAAGGAUAAUAAUGUGCUACCAGGAGCGUCGGUAGCAGUUUUCCAGACCCCCGCUGUCGACUGGAUUUGUUCCGCGCUGGCAAUUAUGCGCAGCGGUGCGGUAUAUGUCCCUCUUGACCCCAAGCAAGGAACUCAGCGCUUGGCGAAGGUUGUUGAAACCUGCAAGCCCGCUGCCGUCUUGGUUGAUUCCUCGACUAUGCCCGAAGCAGCUACCUGGGCCUGUAAAUACAUAGAUGUGAGCGACCUGCAAACCAAUAAGUCGAACUUGGGUCCAAUCAGUGCAGAGGCCGACAAAGCCGCCAUCAUCCUCUUCACGAGCGGGACCACCGGGAUCCCGAAAGGCAUUGUACUUCAUCAUAAUGGCCUUCGCAACGGCAUUGAAGGUCUGAUCCGCCAUUUCAAGUUGCAGCGUGAAGUUGUGCUGCAGCAGACGGCCAUGAGUUUUGACAUGUCGUUGGAUGAGAUCUUCGUGGCGCUUUGCAAUGGAGGAGCCCUUGUUGUUGUUGACAGUAACUUGCGAGGAGACUCUGCUUCGAUCAUGAAGCUGAUUUCCAAAGAAAAUAUUACCUACACGCGAGCUACACCGCCCGAAUAUUCCUCAUGGAUCAGACACGGCGCUUCAUCUGUGCAGGGCAACGAUUCCUGGAAGUGGGCCUUUGCCGGUGGAGAUCGUAUGACCGACACUUUGAGGAAAGAAUUUCGCAGCCUUUGUCUUCCUCAGCUCCGACUCUUCAAUUCGUACGGACCGACAGAAAUCUCGAUGUCGGCUGUCAAGAUUGAAACGCCGUAUAAGGACAACAGUGUGUUGACUAACGAUCAAAUUCCGAUUGGUCGACCGAUGCCAAACUACGGCAUCUACGUGGUCAACAACAAUAUGGAUCUUGUGGCGCCGGGCAUCCCUGGACAGAUCUUGGUAGGAGGCCCUGGUGUCUCAUUGGGCUACCUUGGCGACAGUAAGCUGACCGACGAAAAAUUCAUAAACAACCUGUGGGCAUCUGAAGAGCAGAAACGUUACGGGUGGACGAAGCUUUACCAUACUGGCGACUGCGGCCACUUGACCGAGGACGGGGCCGUUGUUUUCCAUGGACGCAUUGCUGGUGACACCCAGAUCAAGCUCCGUGGCCUUCGGAUCGAGCUGGGUGACAUCGAGAGCAACAUCUUGACCGAGUCGCAAGGCAAUCUGUCUCACGUAGUUUGCACCGUUAGUGGAGAUGCCGAGUUUCUGAUUGCCCAUGUGGUCUUCUCGCCUUCAUUCAGCAAAAACACAUCGGAUCAGACGACUUACCUUCAGAAAUUGAUCGCAUCUUUGCCGCUGCCCAAGUACAUGAAGCCGGCUGUCUCGGUGCCUCUUGAAAAUCUGCCAUUGACGGUGCAUCAAAAGGUCGAUCGAUCUGCCAUCGCGACAUUGCCUUUACCUUCUAUUGGCAGCCGAACUGACGAGAAGGCCGGUAAACUCAAUGAAAUGGAAACCAAGCUAAGGGAUAUCUGGCUCCAAGUGUUGCCCAAAGAGAUUCAAGCAGCGUGGUCCCCUUCCACCAACUUUUUCGACCUCGGUGGAAACUCCUUGCAUCUCGUUGAGGUUCUCGCAGCGAUUCAAAAAGCAUUUCACGUCUCGGUCCCGCUCGUUGAUCUUUUGGGCGCAAGUACCCUUCGCGAAAUGACCGAAAAAAUAUCGGACGCCGUCUCUGCUGGGGCGAUCAACUGGGAUGCAGAGACUACGCCCCCGGAGAUUGAAAUAUCUACUCAAAGCUCUGUCUCGAAUACCAAGAAAGAUCUCGAAGUCCUUGUGACUGGAGCGACUGGUCACUUUGGCCGCCAUCUGCUGCCGCUCCUUGAAGCAUCGUCCAAAUUUGCAAAGAUUCACUGCAUUGCCGUCCGCAACCCCCAAGGGCUGUCUCGUACUUUCAAGAAAGUGAUUGUUCAUUCAGGUGACAUCACACAGCCUCGGAUGGGUCUUUCUCAGGUCGAGUUCCAGCAGCUCAGUUUGGACGUGGACGUCAUCAUCCACUGCGCGGCAGCUCGCGCCUUCUGGGAACCGUACUCGGUCCUCAGCAAGACCAACACGCAUUCCGCACGAGAGUUGAUCAAGCUUGCCGGACCUCGUCGGAUCCCGAUCCAUUUUAUGUCAAGUGGCGGUGUCUUCGGUGGCUCUUCUGACGUGCCUGCCUCAUCAGCCAAGACCCAGUUGCCUGCGAGCAACGGCGAGAACGGAUACAUCGCAAGCAAGUGGGCCAGCGAAAGAAUCUUUGAGCGCUCGGCAGAAGCCUAUGGCGUGCCAAUUGCCAUCUACCGCACCAUGCCCAAGGGCAGCAGAACAAACAACAGUGUACCCAAGAAGCUUAUUGACGAUUUCGCGAGCGCAGUUACGGCUUCGGGUACGAUCCUCGAUCCUGAUGGUUUCUGGAAGGGUUCUUUCGACCUGAUCCCGGCAGAAGCUGUCGCGACGCACAUAGUAUCUUCGAUUUCGGCUGCUUCCGCCGAGACCAUCCAGUUUUCGCACUUGCCGGCAGUGGUGAGGUUGGAGAAACAAGAGCAAUUGCAGCAAUUGCUGGAUCGGCCGGAGAUCAAAUCUCAGGUGGACAAGCUGCGGAAGGUACCGGGCGCCCAGUGGCUCGGACACAUCAAGCGGGCCGGCUUCGGGUGGAUGGUUGCUGCACAGGAUGCCCUGGUCGAUGACCAUCUUACAAACCGCCGAUAG